CUAUACGAUACUGUACGGAUCAAUCAAACUGGAUUGAUUAUCUAAACGUACCUUUUAUCUUAUCCGGCAAGUUACCUUCCUAGGGUUUCGGAGAAUCCAAUCAACAACAAAGAAAAAAAUCAUCGUUACUAUAAUCAGUAUCACGUACAGACUUAGAUGUUCCGGUUUCCAGUGAGUCUAGGCGGUUCACGUGACGAAGCCCGUCACGAUCAGAUCACACCGUUGGAUGAGCAUCGUGUGGUUGUUGAUGAGGUUGACUUCUUCUCAGAGAAGAGAGAUAGGGUUUCACGUGAGAACAUCAACGACGAAGACGACGAAGCCAAUAAGGCUCACGUCAAAAUGGAGAAUUCACGAGUUGAAGAAAAUGAUCGUUCCAGAGAUGUCAUUAUCGGGCUGAAUCUUCUCACCGCGAAUACGGGAAGCGAUGAAUCAACGGUGGAUGAUGGACUAUCAAUGGAUAUGGAAGAUAAACGUGCAAAGAUUGAGAACGCACAACUACAAGAAGAGCUCAAGAAGAUGAAAAUAGAGAAUCAAAGGCUAAGAGAUAUGUUGAGCCAAGCGACGACCAACUUCAAUGCCUUACAAAUGCAACUUGUUACCGUUAUGAGGCAACAAGAACAACGUAAUUCCUCCCAAGAUCAUCUCCUGGCUACGGAGGGCAAAGCAGAAGGAAGGAAACGGCAUGAACUGCAAACCAUGGUGCCAAGGCAGUUCAUGGACCUCGGGCCGUCGUCUGGCGCGGCAGAGCAUGGAGCCGAAGUGUCAUCUGAAGAGAGGACAACGGUUCGUUCGGGUUCUCCUCCUUCGCUUCUAGAAAGUUCCAAUCCCCGAGAGAACGGAAAGAGGUUGCUUGGAAGAGAAGAAAGCUCAGAGGAAUCCGAGUCUAACGCCUGGGGAAACCCUAACAAAGUCCCUAAACAUAAUCCAUCAUCUAGCAACAGCAACGGAAACAGAAACGGAAAUGUUAUUGAUCAGUCGGCCGCGGAAGCCACCAUGCGUAAAGCCCGUGUCUCAGUUCGUGCCCGAUCUGAAGCUGCGAUGAUAAGCGAUGGAUGUCAAUGGAGAAAGUACGGACAAAAAAUGGCUAAAGGAAACCCGUGUCCGCGAGCUUAUUAUCGCUGCACAAUGGCCGGUGGAUGUCCUGUUCGCAAGCAAGUGCAACGUUGCGCAGAAGACAGAUCUAUUCUCAUAACCACCUACGAAGGAAACCACAACCAUCCACUCCCACCAGCCGCUAUGGCCAUGGCCUCAACAACCACCGCAGCCGCAAGCAUGCUGCUCUCAGGCUCAAUGUCGAGUCAAGACGGUUUAAUGAACCCAACAAACCUCCUAGCUCGAGCCAUCUUGCCUUGCUCCUCAAGCAUGGCCACAAUCUCAGCCUCCGCACCAUUCCCAACCAUCACAUUGGACCUCACCAAUUCACCCAACGGCAACAACCCUAAUAUGACCACUAAUAACCCGUUGAUGCAGUUCGCUCAACGGCCUGGUUUCAACCCGGCGGUUUUGCCUCAAGUGGUCGGCCAAGCUAUGUAUUAUAACCAACAACAGUCCAAGUUUUCUGGUUUACAGUUACCGGCUCAGCCACUGCAAAUGGCGGCCACUUCCUCGGUGGCCGAGAGCGUUAGUGCUGCCAGUGCAGCGAUUGCGUCCGAUCCUAACUUUGCGGCGGCUCUAGCGGCAGCAAUUACCUCCAUUAUGAACGGUUCCAGUCAUCAGAAUAAUAACACCAAUAGUAAUAAUGUGGCUACAAGCAACGGUGACAGUAGGCAAUAAGAGUUUUCAUUUUGAUGGUCGAUCUUUUUUUUUCGUACUUUGUUUUGAGUUUUGGAUGUGUAAUUAUACGUAUCUUUUUUGUUUAGCUUUUUUUCCGUGAACAACAAGGGUCUUAAGAACAUGUUUUUUUGUUUCUGUUCUUCAUGUAAGAUCAACGAUUUUGUUUGGAAAUUAAUAUCUCUCUAAAAU